CGCAUGCUCCCUGCAUCCUCUCCUCCAUCCACACGUCGAGGGACUUGAAAGCUUGAAUAAAGAUGCUCAACGUCUCGGGUCGCUGGAGCCUUGUCACCGGGUGAAACUGAGUUAUCAGGAGGGACGCGCACACACACAGGAGCUGUGUAGAUUUAGCAGAAAGACUAUCCAGGUUUCGGGCGGGCACUUCCACCGACAUGGAACUGAAGAAAUCUAUUUCGGACACCGAGCGCGCGCUCAGGAGCUACGGCGCCGUGUCGGAGACGGCAUGGACAACAGACAAAGGUCAUUCAGACGUGUCCAUGGCAGAGAGCACCAUGGCUCCAGAAGAGAUCGAGGUGGAGAUGGCUCGUAUCCAGCGCCUGCGAGAGGUCCUGGUACGCCGAGAGUCCGAGCUGCGCUUCAUGAUGGAUGACAUUCAGCUCUGCAAAGACAUCAUGAGCUUAAAGCAGGAGCUGAGACAGAUUGUCGCAGUACCAGAGAAAGAAAAAAACAAGAAGCACAGGCAGCGGGAGGAAGAGCUGAUCCUGAAGAUUCAUAAACUGGUGCAGAAGAGGGAUUUCCUGGUUGACGAUGCUGAGGUGGAGAGAUUAAGGGAGCGAGAGGAGGAUAAGGAGAUGGCUGAGUUCCUCAGACUGAAGCUGAUGCCGCUGGAGAAGAAGCUCAAAGCCACACAAAAUCCUCCAAAGCCCAAGAGACAAAUCCCAGAGCCGCCUCCCAACAAACCAUCCAUCACCAAGUCAGGAGUGGCCAUCAUAAAGGAUUGCUGCGGAGCCACCCAGUGUGCCGUCAUGUAACUGACACAGACCUCCUAACGACCUGUGUCAGAAACAACACACUCAAAUCUCAUGACAUGCCAUAAAUCUCUUCCUGUGACGGAGAACCUUUGUCAGCUGUGGUUUCCCCUUGAAACUGUUCAGGAAUCAGGUUUGCAAAUGAAUCACAGAUUAAGUUUCAGCCUCAAGAUUUCAGCCCGGAGUUUGGGAGCUGAUCCCUGAUCAGUGCACGUGGGAAAUCUUGAUGAAUAUGUAUUUGAAGUAAAGGGAACUACAAGCACAAUGAUUAGAAAGUAAAUAAAUGCUGGGGUUCUCUGUCUGACAGGAAAAAAAACAUCUAUUAUCACCCCGUCAUGUUUGACAAUGGGCAUUUAUUUUUCCAUUUCAGCCCUUUAACAUCAACCAGUUAACCUCUGUUACUUUCAGGAGUUUUUAUCUUUGUUCCCAGGUGGGACGGACACGUGGCCCAGACGAACAAUAUGGUUAUUGGUAUAAAAAAAUGGUAUAAAUGUUUGAGGGAGGGCAGCAAGUGGAUGCUUUUGCAUUGGAGCUGAGCAAUAUUUUUGACUUCAUGCAUUGGCUCAACAUCAGUUUAAUUCUCUAUCUGUGAUUCUGUGAUAUCUAAUGUACUGGAUUUAAAGGUUGAGUGUGUCGGAUUUAGUGGCAUCUAGUGGUCAGGUUGCAGACUGCAACUAACUGAAACUUAUCAGAAGAGAACCAGGCUCCCAGGAAGUGGCUAAACAGAAUUACACCGUCAUGUGAUGCCAUUGGGCACAGGAUUACUUUUUCCCAUUAACUUACAAGGCGAAAGAAACGUCUGUAAAUCAAUAUAUACAUUUUUUUGAGCUUCACAGCCCCUGUGAAAUGACUCAUUUCAUCAUCAGAAUUUGAUCCAUUUGGACAUGAUAAUACUUGAAAAGUCUAAAAGAGACGCAAGAGAACAUUUUUGGCUUACUGCCCCACUGAGCAACGUUUAUAGGUAUAACAGGACCCAUCUCCGAUCUGUAUCCAGUUCUCUCAAAGCAUCCAUGAGGACCCACUCCAUAUGUAUAGAAGUGGCUCACUCCAAGGUAAUGAAAAACACACAACUCUUAGUUUCAGGUGAUUAUACAGUCAUGAAAAAUUAGUUCUGUUAGCUUCAUCACAGCGUGACCUCCAACAUGCACUGGGGCAGUUUGCAGCCCAGUGUGAAAUGGGAUGGGAGUCGGCACCUCCAAAUCUGAGGCUGCCUCCAGUGAGGGAGUUCAAGUAUCUCAGGGUCUUGUUCACGAGUGAGGGUAGAAUGGAGCAUGAGAGAGAUGGGAGGUUUGGUGAAGUGUCUGCAGUGAUGCAGGCACUGUGCUGGACUGUUGUGAAGAAGCAGCUGAGCCGGAAGUUGAAGCUUACUGGUCCAUCUACGUUCCAACCCUCACCUAUGGUCAUGAGGUCUGGGAACGUCGUGGGUUCCCCCAGGAGGAGCUGGAAAGCGUCACUGGGGAGAGGGACGUCUGGGGUGCUUGGCCUGCUGCCCCUAAGACCCAG